AUGAAUGAUGCAUUGGAUUCAAGCUCGAUGGCGCCACCCAAGCGUGUUGGAUUGUCUGUCGCGUCGAGAAAUCAAAACGUUGCUGCUGCACCUGUUGGAAAAUUAUCCCGACAACAUGGCUCAAGUAAUCUACUAAAGGAAAAUGUAGCCAAGAAAGGCCAAAAAGAGGAAAGAACCAUAAAGUAUCCUGCCGCUAAUUCCGGCGUUUCUCAGUCUCGAGCUGUGGUGCCACCUAUCAAACCGGCAUUUGAAGUCUAUUGCGACGAUGACGAUGAGAACAAUAUCAUUCAUCAGCUUGAAAAGCAAUGCCAAGAGGAGAGAAAAGUGGUAGAAAAACCCAAGGUUGCCGCUGUUCGCAGACCCCUAGCAAGUCUUCCGGUCACCACAUUGGAUUACAAUUCAGACGAUGACGAGGUGUUCUCCACCGUUUCUCAGGUCCCAUCCAUCCCUCUCACGAUUCGAUCUGAAUUCUCAAAUUUUGGUAUGAAUGAUGAUGACGACGCUAAGUCAUCGUUAUACGGCAGUGCAUUGGAUUAUGAGAUAGACAGCCGUGAUGAGUAUGUGACAGCCAUUUCCGAGAAAGAACUACGGGAAGAUAUCAUCUACGCCAAUCCGGAGUUUUCAGAUGACAUCUACAGGUAUAUGAAGCACAGAGAGGUGAAAGUACGUCCAAAACCCAAUUAUAUGUCAAAACAAGACGACAUUAAUCCUGAAAUGCGGGCUAUACUCGUCGAUUGGUUGUCGGACGUCGUUCAAGAAUAUAAAAUGCAUCAGGAAACUUUGCACUUGGCAAUCUCGUUAGUUGAUCGUACUCUCUCGAGAUUUCGCACAAACCGCGAUCGUCUUCAACUUAUCGGCACAACAGCUAUGAUGAUAGCAGCAAAAUACGAGGAGAUAUACCCGCCUGAAUUGAAGGAAUUCACCUAUAUAACUGAUGACACAUACACAGCUGAACAAAUACUACAAAUGGAGCGCGUCAUUCUGAAUGAACUACGAUUCGAUGUCGGUACUCCUACAUCGCAAUGGUUUGGUGGUAGAUUCGCACGCCAUCAGAAAGCUUCUCGAAAAACCAUAAAUACCAUGAAUAUGCUGCUGGACCUUGUUCUACUUGAUAUCAGCUACAUUGCUUAUCGACCGUCAUACAUUGCUGCAGCAUGCUUGUGCUAUGCCAAUGUUCUUACAGGGCCAGCCCCAUGGUCUACAGAGAUGGAGCGGUGGUCUGGUAUCUCUGUUGUUGAUAUAUCAAAUCUUCUGCGUGCCCUACAUGAAACGUUUCGGUCGUUGCCGUCGUCCAAGUAUCGGUCAGUCCCUCAAAGGUACAGUUCCCCAGAAUAUGACUUCGUCGCGGAUCUUCCUCCACCCGCUCAGUUGCCAUUAUGA